GCAUGGAAUGACUCGGAAAGACUACAACCUGUACUUACAUAUUAUUUUGGAGUCAAGCGUCGAUUAUCCUUCGAGAAGUUCGACCGAAAUCGCGCGGUAAAAGAUCGUUACUAUUCUUCUUGUUCGACCUAGAUCAACUACGUGAGUGCUUUAGAACUACACGGCAGCAGGAAGUCGGUAAAAGUUAAGUGCACCGAUCAUUCGCUGCCGGGGUUCACUGUCAGUGCCAUCGCACGAGCAGUUUAAAUCCCAAUUCCAAUGUCGUCCGACGUUGCAUCACGUCGGUUUCUUCUGUGUUUGAGCGCGACAUCGUAUGCCCAAGUUGGCGUUUGUAACGUGUCAAGAUUGUUGUACUCGUAAUAUAUUUCGCCAUGAGUUAACGAAUCAGCGUGUCCAGAAUUGUAUGAAAAAAAAGGAAAAAAAAAAAGAAAAAGAGAAAACUUUUAUCGGAGAAAUCACAAAGUCUAAUAUGAAAUCGUUUAACGAGGCUUAGGAAAGGAUUAAAAAAAAAAAACACUAAAACCCCCUCGUAUCCUCUUGUGAUUGUCGCGCACCGCCACCACCACCACUGCCUCUCUUCCACGCGCAUUCUCGAGCACUCGUCGAAUCGACCGAGCGUAUCGAAUGGUCGAGUAGAAGUUAAAAAAAAAAGCCGAGAAAAAAUAACACACAUACACACCACGAGAAAUACGCCGACAGCGACCUGAGAUCGUGUACCGAAGUCAGUCAUGAAUCUUAUGUUCCGCAAGAACUUCGGCGAGAAGGGACUCGGUGGUGGCGGACUAGGUGGAGGACUAGGGGAAGUUCGGCCUGCCCUGAGCACCACUACUUACGGGACCAGCGGGGCCUCAUUCGGCCAGAUAGGAACGCGUUUUGGCGCUACGCGCGGUGGUAUCGGCCAGUCUGUGGUCAGUAGCGUACGUGGACCCGUACGACGCAGCCGGGAAUUCGGAAACUUUCCGUCAAUGGGCGAUCACGAGCACCAGGCACAUGGCUAUCGUACUCACUUAUUCCUAUCGCCGCCUGCAGGUGGGGCACUUGGUUCACCACCCGAAGAACCGGGCGAGCGACUGGGUCCGCCGCCACGUCGUAAUUCGGGCCCCCAUGUAAUUAAAUGGGGUGGAGGUGGAUCUGUCAAUUCCACGCAGGGUGGUCAGACCGGCAAUCAGGCCAGGAGAAAGCAAAAUCAGAUCGGUCAACAGAAAGAAUCUUCCGACUCACCAAGCCCGACUGCGUCUAGGCAGGUAUCCUUUAGCGGAAACCGUACUUCCGGUACCUACACACCUCUCGUGGUUUCUGGAAACAGCCCGCCACGAGGCGAACCAAUCUCUUUGGCCACUUUGGACCGUGACUGCUUUAUUAUACCUCUCGCUUCUCUCGAACGUUUUUUACCAGCCGGUGUACCACAUGCUCCUGUCGCUGAUAAGAAGAGACCGGGGAGUCCUCUGUCGGUUCUCGAGGUUGAGGACCCGAAGCAAUGUGUUCUCGCGCAUUUCAUGACACCACUGGAACCUCUGGACCCGCUAAUGGAAUCUCCAGUACUGAUGUAUCGAUACUUGCCAAAAUCUGUGGGUCUCAGACGUAUUACUUUGCACAAAUCGAUGUCACAAGGCGACAAGAUGUAUCUGUUAAUCUGCGAGUGUUCGCAGCUGCAAGACAAUCUAUCUGCUGCGGCAAUACUUCUGCCGGCACUUCGUGCACGUCUGUGUGGAUACACCGGACUUUACAGACCCUCCGUAUGCUUCUGAUUCCUCACCCGGCUGUUAGAGUCUGCGAGAAACAUCCUUUCGAAUCGCAUUAUGUAUAACUCUGCAGAAAAAUCCAAACGGUGUCGUAUCAAAUGUCAAUCUUUUACUUUACGAUUCUAUUUGUAACUAAACAAGUUGAUAUCAAUAUCUUUCAGAUAAUAGUAAAACGAUAUCGAUAAGCAAUGAUAUCGAUCAGCAUUUAUAUUUUUGAUCAGAAUUAAUUUUGAUUUUGCAGGAAUAUAAUUAAUAUUAUAACGGGAGAAAAGAUGCGAUACCGAUUUGCAGGAAUUGAGGAUAUAUCGUCGCAAAUGUUGUUAACGAACGAGACACUGUGAUUUCUACUGUUAUCGUAUUACCUAUUAUAAGGAGCGCAACUUCGUAUACGCUUUAGACGAGUUUCGUUGAUAAUCGACGAAACGGCCUGCAUGCUCGAUUAGAUAUGAACCUAUUUGUAUUUUUCGACUUUACUAUCUCGUUCAUUAUGCAAGCGAGCAUUGCCCAAGUAGGGUCACCGAACGAAGCGGAAAUGAAAUGUAUACAGAAUGAAUAGUAAUAAAAUUGAUAGGUUGCAGAAAGUAUAUUGUAAUAU